AUGCUGAAGGAAUCACUACCCAAAGCGCAAUUUUUGAGAGUUGCACGCAAUAAUUCGGAUCAACACAAGAUGGAAGAACAGAUAGAGGAGAUGACUCAAAAAUUCCUUGAAAUUGGCUAUCGAUGUCAGGAGUUGCUCAAGGCACAACAAGAAGCAAGAAAUGCCAGUGCUAAUAUGCAAGUUAGAAAGCCACCAGCAAUGGUAUUCCCAAUGGCCUAUAAUGAUGCUUUACCUAAAAUAGCCAAAAUCAUUAAACAAAAUUGGAAGAUGCUGGCAAGCGACGAUACCUUGCCCAAAGUGUUCAAAGAAAAUCUGUUGAUUUGUUUCAAAAGGAAUAAAACAUUAAAGGACAUACUGGUACAUACAGACCCGAUUAAAAGCUACAUUCAAGAAGUAGCAAGCUAG